AAAAUUUUUUAAAAUUUUAUUUUUUGUAUUUUAUGUGAAUGAGUGUUUUGCUUACUUCUACGUGUGCAUUCAUGGUACCUUCAAAGAUUAACAGGUGUCAAAUCCCCUGGAACUGGAGUUGUGGAUGGUUGUGAGCCACCUUGUGAGUGCUGGUAUCUGAACCCUGGUCCUCUGCCAAAGCAACCUCUGAGCCAUCUUCAGCCUUUAGUGUCUUUUUUGUAAGAAGUUUUAUUGACAUAUAAUUGACAUACAGUAAACCACAUGUUUAAAAAGUAGUUUGUUUUGUGAUAUAUAUAUAUAUAUAUCCAUAAAAUGAUUGCCAUAAUCAACAUGAUAAUCAAGACAAUAAACAUAUCCACUCACCCCCAAAUUUACUGACGUCCUCCAGCCCCAGAUUGAGAGCUUCAGUUCUUCAGUGGUCACUAAGAGACUUGAGACAGGUUUUGAUUUUUUUGUCAGGUCUUCAUGAGUAGUAUUUAAUUUGCAUUUUGCUUAUGCUGGAAGUUGAACAUUUCUGAUAUGUGUAAGGACUAUAUGUGUUUCUUAUGAACUAUCCUUAUUGGCUCAUUUUCUGUAGAGUUGUUUGCCCCUUUUUCCUCUGUUAUUUGAAGUCUUCCCCUAGUGUGGUAAUGUGUAUCUGUGAUUGAUGCUGCAGAAGUGCUCAGUCCAUUCUCUUUCCUUUCCUACCCAUGUAAAAGUCUUUCAAGUAAGGAAAAACAUCAGUUUGCUCUUGUUGCACUGAGUCAAACCUAGAAAGCUUUUCUCAGCACCCAUAUUUCCUCCUAGACUUCAGUUGUUGGUUUGCUUGUUUUGUUUUUAAUUUGUUUGAAUUUCUGGUGCACUUGGAAAUUAUCCAUAUAUAGAUAUACUUUUACACCUAUAUUUUUCCAAAUUCCUGUAUAAUAGUUACAGUCUUGUUCUGUUCCAUUGCAUAGUCUACUUAUUUAUUACACAGUCUAAUUGCAGACUUUUAGUUAUUAUUAUUUUGAUAUCUCAUUGAACAAGUCCCUCCACCACUCUUUUUCACAACUGUUCCUAUGUUUGUCUCCAUACAAAAGCAGAUAUAUUGAAGUUUUGAUGGUCUUGUGUGAUUCAAGUAAAGGGAUGUUGAAAUAUUUUAUGUUUUUAGGAAUUGUAAUUUUGUUUCAUACGGGCUUUUGAAUGUUUAAGUUUAUCUUUAAAUAUUUGUGUUCAUAGAUUUUGCAUAGGAUUUUAUACCCAUUACUUAUUCUAAGUAAUUAUUUUUUGUGGCUGUGAAGGCCAUUGCACGCUAGUAUGUUAGUGGGUUUUGCCAUUGACUGCUCUGUAACUGUUUCUAGAAACCCGCACAUCAGCACACAGACAGUUUUGCUUCAGUCUUCAGUCGUCUCACUUGUAUUGGCUGACUAAUAACCACUGAGAUUGUGGGCAGCAUGACUCUUAAGAGUAAUAUAAUUACUAUUUUCUUUUCUUCUUCUUCUUUUUUUUUCAUGGUUUUUCCAAGCAGGGUCUCUCUGUGUAGCCAGCCCUGGCUGUUUCUGGAACUAGCUUUAUAGACCAUGCUGGCCUCAAACUCAAGAGAUCUGCCUGCCCUUUCCUCCCAAGUGCUGGAGUUAAAGGCAUGUGCUGCCACAUCCAGCCCCUCUUCUAUUUUUCAAGUUGUUGUUUUGUUGUUGGUAUGUUACCACAGUACUAUCAGCAGGAGCUGAGUAAUGCUCCAUUGCAUAUCUAUAGCACAGUUUGUGUGUCUGUUGGUCUGUCACCGACACUGAGGCUGAUUCCAUAACUUGAAACAUUGUAGGCAGUGCCUCCAUAAACAUGUGGGCAGCCUAACCUUAUUUCUGACAUCAUUGUAUUAAACAGAAUAACCAAACACAGAAAGACAUUCUCCUUCAUUGUGUUUCCUUACUAAGUCAGGUGUGAUAUUUAAUUUUUAAAAAUCAGUAAUUUUAGGGUAGUUUGUCUUGAGGAAUGGGGGUUAAGUGGUCUUACCUCUCCCUCCUUCUGAACUAGACUCUGGCUAAAGACAGAAAAUGAGAUCUGGCUGGUAGGGAACCAGGAGUGACUGUCUUCUUUCCUUCCAUCCUUCCUUCCUUCCUUCCUUCCUUCCUGUCCUAUCCCACUAUCAUCAUUCUCUGCUCCUUGUCAAACUAACACUGUUUUCUGAGGACUUGCCUCAUUUUGAAGUGGUAGAGCAUGCUCUCCUGAUCCUGCAGUCAACCUUCUUGCUUCUCCCCUUUUCCUUAGUUACUCCCUGUGCCCAUCCUCUCCCCUGUGGCAUGUGGAAUUAUACAUACUUGAGGUAACAGUUGGUUUUCUCUCUCCUCUUUAGGUUCAUGGCGUCUUCCUAAUCUCAGCGCAGAAGAAUCAACCCUUAGAUUGGGGAAGUGAGCUAGGCAAGCCAAAGGCAGCCUUGAGCCCUCCCCUUGCCUGCCCUCCCCUGUGGGGGCCAGGAUGCUGAAGAAGCAGUCUGCAGGGCUUGUGCUUUGGGGUGCUAUUAUCUUUGUGGGCUGGAAUGCCCUACUGCUCCUCUUCUUCUGGACACGCCCAGCACGCAGGCUACCCUCAGACAGUGCUCUUGAUGACGACCCUGCCAGCCUCUCCCGUGAGGUGAUCCGCCUGGCUGAGGAUGCUGAGGUAGAGUUGGAACGACAGCGGGGACUAUUGCAGCAAAUCAGGGAUCAUCAUGCUUUGUGGAACAAGAGGUGGAAAGUGCCCACUGUGGCCCCUCCAGCCUGGCCCCGUGUGCCUGUGACCCCCUCACCAGCAGUGAUCCCCAUCCUGGUCAUUGCCUGUGACCGCAGCACUGUCCGGCGCUGCCUGGAUAAGUUGUUGCACUAUCGGCCUUCAGCUGAGCGUUUCCCAUCAUUGUCAGCCCAGGACUGUGGGCACGAGGAGACAGCACAGGUCAUUGUCUAUGGCAGUGCUAUCACACACAUCCGGCAGCCAGACCUGAGUAACAUUGCUGUACAGCCAGACCACCGCAAGUUCCAGGGUUACUACAAGAUUGCCAGGCACUACCGCUGGGCACUGGGUCAGAUCUUCAACAAGUUCAAGUUCCCAGCAGUCGUAGUCGUGGAGGAUGAUCUGGAGGUGGCACCAGACUUUUUUGAGUACUUCCAGGCCACCUAUCCACUGCUGAGAACAGACCCCUCCCUUUGGUGUGUGUCUGCUUGGAAUGACAACGGCAAGAGCAGAUGGUAGACUCGAGGCAAACCUGAGCUGCUCUAUCGAACAGUUUUUCCUGGCCUAGGCUGGCUGCUAUUGGCUGAGCUGUGGGCAGAGGCUGGACCCAAGUGGCCCAAGGCCUUCUGGGACGACUGGGAUGCGCAGCCUGAGCAGCGGAAGGGGCGGGCCUGUAUUCGGCCAGAAAUUUCAAGAACGAUGACCUUUGGCCGCAAGGGUGUGAGCCAUGGGCAGUUCUUUGACCAGCAUCUUAAGUUCAUCAAGCUGAACCAGCAGUUCGUGUCCUUUACCCAGCUGGACUUGUCCUACCUGCAGCAGGAGGCCUAUGACCGGGAUUUCCUUGCCCGUGUCUAUGGUGCCCCCCAGCUACAGGUGGAGAAAGUGAGGACCAAUGAUCAGAAGGAACUGGGGGAGGUGCGGGUACAGUAUACUACCAGAGACAGCUUCAAGGCCUUUGCUAAGGCCCUGGGUGUCAUGGAUGACCUCAAGUCCGGUGUCCCCAGGGCUGGCUAUCGGGGCAUUGUCACUUUCCAGUUCCGGGGCCGGCGUGUCCAUCUGGCACCCCCACAGACCUGGGAUGGCUAUGAUCCUAGCUGGAAUUAGCACCUGCCUUUCCCUGCUGGGUCUCCUUGGCAUACCAUGAGCUGAGACAGGCCUGCAGUCCCUGGGCUAUACCAUCCUGUCAGUGUUCCCCUCUUGGGUCUAUAAUCUUUCUGUUUCUGCCCUUCCUCCCCCAGUGGGCAUUCUAGUGCACAAACCAUGAUGAGGGUUAUACUCCUGUUAUCAGGAGAACUAUUAUGUGGUGUAUUUGGUGAUACUGAACAAGAAACCACUGUGUGGUAUGGGGAGGCUUGGACUUGGGGGCCAGGGUGUUCUCUCGAAGGGCAUCUACAGAGAGCUUGGCAGCUCUAGCUCUCUUGACCAGGCCUGUGACCCUGAACCUGGCUUCUGUCAGAAUAUGAACCCACCUUAUAUACCUAUUCUAUCUCCCUUUCCUCACCUUCCCCCAGUAUGGGGCUAGGUUAUGAAGAAGGAAUGGGUUUGUGGCCAAAUGAGACUAACCAAAGGGGCUUCACUCUCAGGGUCAGAUUGGAGUUGUUGGGGUGCCAGAGGCCACUGCCCUCUUGGCCUCUCUUCCUGCUGACUCUGGUGUUCUUCUCCUGCAGCACAGCAGCUUGUGGGUGGGAGAUGGGAGGUGGGGAGGAAGAGCAAUUUCUGUGCUAGGGCCCAGCUGUCGGGAAAGCCCGUACUUGGGCACCCUCCUUUCUGGAAGUCAGUUCUCUCUGUGUCCGUUAGGAGGAGUUGGGUGCCAGCCUGGUGGGAGACAGUGGACUGACUUCUGUGCCUCUUUUCCCCUGGGGUUUGGUAUAGAGGCUCCUCCCUGAGGGCUGGCUCCUGGUGGCCAUCUCAGAGCAAAGUAUCCCAGGACAUCUCUGGCCCCAAACCAGCUUCUGUCCUGCCUUCCUAAGCAUUCCCACAUCUCCCCCCCGCCAAGCUGCAGGUUAGCAGGUGGAGAGAAAUUUGUGUGUUUGUUUGUUGCCUGACCUAGUUUCAUGGAAAGAAAAUGAAAUCUACAGAAUUAUUUUCAAAAAUAAAGUAAAGGCUGAAUUGUCUGAA